UUCUGGCUCAUGGACAAGGACAUGUAUGAUUUCAUGGCGGUGGACAAACAGGCCACACCACGUGUAGACCGCGGGAUCGCCUUACACAAAAUGAUACGGCUCAUUACGAUGGGACUAGGUGGAGAAGGAUACCUCAACUUCAUGGGGAACGAGUUCGGACACCCUGAAUGGAUCGACUUCCCGAGGACUGACCAGCACCUUCCUGAUGGCAGAGUCAUCCCGGGGAACAACGGUAGUUACGAUAAAUGCCGGCGCAGGUUUGAUCUUGGAGAUGCAGAGUAUCUUAGGUACCAUGGACUGCAAGAGUUUGAUCGGGCGAUGCAACACCUCGAGGAGAAGUAUGGUUUCAUGACUUCGGAGCAUCAGUACAUAUCUCGCAAGGAUGAAGGAGACAGAGUCAUUGUGUUUGAGAAGGGUAACUUGGUGUUUGUCUUCAACUUCCAUUGGACCAACAGCUACUCUGACUACCGUAUUGGUUGCUCUGUUCCCGGAAAGUACAAGAUAGUUUUGGACUCGGAUGAUUCUUUAUUCGGUGGAUUCAAUCGGCUAGAUGACUCCGCUGAGUUCUUCACCUCUGAUGGAAGGUACGACGACAGGCCUUGCUCCCUCAUGGUGUAUUCACCGUGCAGAACUGCUGUAGUUUAUGCUGCAGUAGAUGGUAAUGAAGAUUCGUCUCUGGUGCCCAUAGGCCUUGUGCCUGACGAUGUUUAGGAGUAAGAGAAGAACGACUGAGUUUGCCUACUGUAAGCUUCUUUGUAAUACGAAGAUUUAUUUCUUAUCUCCUUUAGUUUCUUGCAGUAUUAUAAUAACUUUUAAAAGUAGCUUAUAUAUGCUUCAUCACAGAUUGUAAUUAGUGAUAUGAACACUUGCUUAGUUCCAAAAAGAAAAAUAUUUGAGAGGAAAAUCUGCAGAGAACUCAGAACUGUAA